AUGGCUGCGAGGGCGAUGGCGAGGCCGCCGUGCCGCUCGGCUCCGACGGCGAUGCGACCGCCUCCGAAUCGGGCGGGGCUGGCUCCGGCGCGCACUGCGUUGUUGAGCGCCGCCGGCCCUGAAGUGGAAGAGCGAGCCGAGGGAGGAGGAGGCGUCGCUAGCGUGGUGGGCGCCGGCGGGUCGUCUCGCUUGGUCGAGCCGCGCCCGCCCACGCCGCUCCGCCUCGAGGCUCUCCUCGAGCCUGAGGCGCGCCGCGCCCUGUUUCUCUUGCGCCUCGCGGACGGCCGACGCGAGCAGCUUGGCCUCCUCCAGCUCCUCCGCGCGCUGGAGCUGCUCGGCCUCUCGCCGCUUGCGUGCGCGCGCAUGGCGAGAGGCGACGGCAGCCCUCCUUGCGUGGCGGGCGCGCAGGAGCGCAUACUCGUCGCGGGCGCGCCUGGCCGUGCGGAGGGCGUGCGCGAGGUUGCCGUCGUCGGAGAGUGCCGCCGCCUCGGCGCCAGCCUUGAUGGCCCCGCGGAGCGUGGCGAGCAGAGGGCACGGACCGUCGCCUGCCGGCGGAUCGCCGCGCCGCGGCUCUGGCGAUGGGGCAGGCAGGCCAGCGCCGCCCCGAAUGGCUUGCGGCGCCGGCGCGGGACCGAUCCUCUGUGGCGGAUGGCCCUCGUCUUCCAGGUCCCCAACUCGCUCGCGCCUCCCAUCAUCGGCCCGCGCGGCAGCGCCGUCCGCCGCCUCGUCCAAGAGUCGGGCGCCACCAGCAUCCACCUGAGCAACCAGGACGCUGCCUCGCCCGACCGGCGGUGCAGCAUCCGCGGCGAGUCGGCGGCCGCCAUGUGCCACGCCUUUGACGGCUGCGCCGCCCUACUCCGCGCCGAGUGCGCGCGAAUCGGCCGCAGCGACGCGACCCGGCGCGUCCGCUUUGUCGUGCCUGAGGCAACGUCGCUGCUCGGCGAGGCGGCGCUGGCGAGGCUGCGAGGCGCCGGCGUGGCGACGGAGCUCUCGCCGCGCGCCGCGGGCGAGGGCCCUGCUGCUCGCGAGCUGACGCUCUGUGGCGACGCGCCGUCCCUCUCUGCUGCCGCGGCGCUGCUGGUCGAGGCGAUCCUCUCCAGGCAUGGCCAGCGGCUGGGCAGCUUCCUCUCGCGCUGGUCGUUUGUGACCGAGUACAAUGACCACUUUGAGACGCCGCGGCGCGCGUACGCGGACAUCCUCCCUCUCCUCGCCGCCGCUUCGCCGCUCCCUCCAAAGCGGGACGGGGGCAGCGCCCCAGAGGCGGAGGCGCUGGCGGCGGUGACGGCGCUGGGCGUGCGCCGCGAGAGGGUUCUCAACCGGAACCGCGACUUUUACGCGGACAUCGCGACGGGCCAGCUGCCGCAGUACGACGUCCUCCUCACCAACCCGCCCUACUCUGGCGACCACAAGCAGAGGCGCGGCACUGCAACUUCCCCGCCCACUUCCCCGCCAGACUGCAACGCCCCCUUCCCCGCCAGGCUGCUCCGCUUCCUGGCCAGCGACGGAGACAUGCGCGGCGCGCCCUUCCUGCUUCUGCUGCCCGCCUGGGCGACUGGGAACAGCGCGAGCCCCUUCCACGCCGUCUGGUUCUGCGGCGGGUGGGCGACCGAGGGCGCGCGCCGACGCGCGAUGCGCGCGCUGCGGCCGAGCAGGAGGCUGCGAGAGGUGGAGGUGUUUCGCUCGGCGAAGAUGCUGCGCCGCCGGGGGCUGUGA